AUGACCACUCUGCCGAAGACAGUCCCCGGCACUGCGGUCCAGGUCCAGCUGCCGGCCUUGCCGACCUCUGACUUCUGGAGCGAGACACAAUGGGCCGUCAUGAUGUCCCUGCUCGAGGCGGUCCUCCCGUCCAUCUCACGCCCGUCGACUCUCUCAGACCCGACGAACCAGGUCCGUGUACCCGAGGCCGAUUAUGCGGCGGCGCUCCAGCUCGCCCAGAACACCAUGAAGAAGCCGCCGUCGGAGGAAAAGUUCCAGGAGUACCUCGCACACAACCCAGCAAAGGAACCCAAGUUCGUCGAGAGCAUCACGAGGACCGUGGCCGCACUUGCCCCGGCUGCUCAGCGCCAGCUGGGUGGUGUCAUGAGUUCAUUGGCCACUCGCACUGGCACAUUGCUGCUGACCGGCUACUGGACCCCGGUUCAUCUGCAGCCGCUGGAGGUUCGUGAGAAGAUUCUCAAGGCCUGGCAGACCUCGCGCCUCCCGGCGAUCCGCGUCCUGUCCAAGUCGAUUUGCCUGCUGGCUCAGAAGAGCGCCGUGCAGACGAGUCCUCUCUUCAAGGAGUUGACCGAUUACACCGACAUGCCUGACUUCCAGAAGCAUGGCGAGGGUUACGACUUCAACUUUAUGCAGUUCGAGGCCUCCGACGCACCCGCCGUCGUGGAGACCGACGUGGUCAUCGUCGGGUCCGGCUGCGGAGGCGCCGUGGCCGCCAAGGUGCUGGCCGAGGCGGGCCACAAAGUCCUCGUCGUCGACAAGUCGUACUACUACUCACCGAGCCAGCUCCCGAUGAGCCAGGACAGCGGAUGCCAGUUUCUGUACGAAAGCAGCGGCUUCAUCACGAGCGACGAUAACUCUCUGAAUAUGGUCGCUGGAAGCUGCUGGGGCGGCGGCGGGACCGUCAACUGGAGCGUGAGCCUUCAGACGCAGGGUUUCGUGCGCAAGGAAUGGUCCGAGAAGCGCGGAUUGCCCUUCUUCACGUCGCCCCAAUUCCAAAACUGUCUGGACAAGGUGUGCGACUUCAUGGGCGUGGGAGCCGACCACGUGCGCCACAACCACCGCAACCAGGUGCUGCUGGACGGGUCCCGGAAGCUCGGCUGGCACGCGACGACGGCCCCGCAGAACACGGCCGGCACGGAGCACUACUGCGGGCAGUGCCAUCUCGGAUGCGCAUCGACCGAGAAGCAGGGCCCUACGGUAAGCUGGCUGCCUGCGGCGGCGGCGUCCGGGGCCAGGUUCAUCGAAGGCUUCGAAGUUGAGAAGGUGACAUUUGAUGAGUCGAGCGGCGGUUCCAAGCGGGCCACGGGCGUUGUUGGGAAGUGGGUGUCGAGGGGCACUGACGGAAGCACCGGAGCGCCCUUGGAUCAGCGAACCACGCGGGAGGUCAUCGUCAAGGCGAAGAAGGUCAUUGUGGCCGCUGGCUCGAUUUCGAGUCCUUUGGUGUUGCUGAGGAGCGGUUUAACCAACCGGCACAUUGGACGCAACCUCUACGUCCAUCCCUGCAACUUUGUAGGCGGCUACUGGAAAGAAGACUGCAAGCCAUGGGAAGGUGGCAUCAUCACCAGCUACUGUUCCUCGUUUGAGGACCUCGACAAGGCCGGCCACGGCGUCAAGCUAGAAGCCACAUGCAUGGUUCCCUAUACCAUUCUCUCCAGCAUGCCCUGGCACUCGGGCCUCCAGGCCAAGCUCUCGGAGCUCCGUUUCCGCCACUUCGGGGCCUUUAUCUCCCUCACCCGCGACCGCGACACGGGACGUGUGUACCCGGACCCGAUCACGGGCCGCCCACGCGUCGACUACGUCGUCUCGGAUUUCGACCGCGCCCACACCCUCGAGGGCGUCAUCGCACUGUGCAAGAUCUGCUACGUCGAGGGCGCCAUCGAGAUCCACGCGGGCAUCCCUGGACUCGAGCCCUUUGUCCGGGAAGACCGCGCUGAGCCGCCCGAAAAGACGGCGGCGGCGGCGGCGGCGGAAUCGGGCUCGCUGGGGUCGGAGAGCGGGGAUGAGGCGAUCCUCGACGGGGUCAACGACCCGCGCUUCGUUGCAUGGCUCGACAAGCUGCGCAAGGUCAACAACGCGCCGCCCGUGGCCAUCUUCUCGUCGGCGCACCAGAUGGGCACGUGCAGGAUGGCGCCGAACGAGGACGAGGGCGUCGUCGGGCCCAAGGGCCACGUGUGGGGGACAGAGGGACUGUUCGUGGCAGACGCGAGCGUCUUCCCGAGCGCGAGCGGCGUGAACCCGAUGGUUACAAACAUGGCUAUCGCGGACUGGAUUGCGACGCAUGUCGGCAAGGACAUGAAGGCCGAGAGGCUGUAG